GCUGUUCUCUACACGUGAUAGUUGUUGUUGUUGCUGUUGCGUGUGUCCGGAUUGCCUUUCAAAAGUCAAAUCAAGCAAAAAAAAUUCAAAAAACAAUGUGUAUAACUUUCUAAACUCACUCCAGAACCCCAAAAGAACAGCCUAUUUCUUUAUACCGCUAACAUAAUGGAAGGCCCGCAAACGGUGGGCAUAUAGAUAUCGCAUAUCCGGCUAGCGAACAGAAGAACACAACACAACCGACCUCUUAGAUUUAGGAUUCCGUGCCGGACAGCAUGCAAUCCUUGCGUGGCUGCCCGGCCCGUGGCCUAAUCCUGUCCAGAGCCAUUCGCGGCCAGCGCAGCCUGCGAAUGAGUUGGCCACGGAAUAGCAGCGCGGCUGGAGGAGCUGGAGGAGCAGCGCCCGGUGGAGGCAGCAGCACCACCACCAACACCAUCGGCUUUGGAGCGCUUCAGAAGCUGCGGGAAUGGCAUGCGAAUGCAUUCAGUAGCCGCUUCCUCCUCUUCACCAACGUGGGCAUCUCGCUGACUCUGAGCUGUGUGGGUGACGUCCUAGAACAGCACCUCGAAAUCUAUUGCGGCGAAAUCGAGCGCUUCGAGUCCACGCGCACUGCCCACAUGGCCAUCAGUGGUGUGACGGUGGGCGUCAUCUGUCACUACUGGUACAAGAUGCUGGACAAACGGAUGCCUGGACGCAGUAUGCGUGUGGUGGCCAAGAAGAUCGUGCUCGACCAGCUGAUCUGCUCACCCAUUUACAUCAGUGCCUUCUUCGUCACGCUGGGUCUGCUGGAGCAGAAGACCAAGCACGAAGUGUGGGAGGAGAUCAAGGAGAAGGCUUGGAAGCUGUACGCCGCCGAGUGGACUGUGUGGCCGGUGGCGCAGUUCGUCAACUUCUACUGGAUCCCCACCCAUUAUCGCAUCUUCUACGACAACAUCAUCAGCCUGGGCUACGAUGUGCUAACCUCGAAGGUCAAGCACAAACAGUCGCAUUCGCAUCUGAAGAAGAUUCCCUAACCCAGCGCCAGCCUCUGGACCUCCUCAUAUCCUUGUAACUAUUUAUUACCAAAUCGCAAACCUUGUAAAUACAGACGAGCCCGUGUACAGAGACUAA